AUAACUACCGACCAUCGUUGAUUUCUUUCCUUUUUCAUUUUCCUGUCCAAGUGAGAAGCUCCAUCUCUCUCCGUGUUUUUCUUCUUUAGAGAGAGAGAGAGAGAGAGAGAGAGAGAAAUGUCUUCCUUGUUUAUUCAUCCUACGAGAAUUCAAGCCAAUAUAUCAUUCACCCAUACAACAUGGAAAGCAGAACAAGAAUCUGAAAUUGAAGAACCCACACUCACACUUCAAGUCGAGCUGAAGAACAAGUACUUUGUCUUUGACAAUUCUGACAGAAGCCGACCUCCUAUCAUCCUGCCGUCUACCUUCUCCACCACCUCUUUUCGUACUAAGAUGUCUUCCUUCUUAUGUCCCCAGACUUCCCACCGUAGAAUCCUCCGCAUGCUUUCCAUGAUAGGAAUCGCGCAGCAGGCCAUCGCCGAGGAUUUGAAUUCUGUCAUUUCCACUUACAGCCGGGAGAAGGUUGAAGAGGUCAUCCGUAUGGGGGUUAAUGCAAUGAAGAUUGUCAUUCAAAUAGAGCUUCUGUCGACAGGAUCUUACGAUGACUUGAUGGAUAUUGAUGAUGGGCGGGCUAAGGUUCAUGGAUCGAGAUCAUUGGCUGAGAUAGAGGCUUUGUUGGAGAAAUAUAAAGUUAAGAGAUGGGAUGAAAGGGAGAAUUGUGGGAUAUGUUUGGAUGAGUUGGGUUAUAGUGAGACAGAGGAAGUUAGUGUUCUGCCCUGUUCACAUACGUUUCAUGUGAGGUGCAUCAAGAGAUGGUUGGAAGAAAGUGAUUCUUGCCCUCUAUGUAGAAUCCAUAUCUGAAAAUACAAUGUUAUUUGUAUUUUUAUUUUACUCAUUUGUAAUCAAACAUUCGAUUUGGAGUUUAUUUAUUUAUUAUUUGUUUUAAUGCUA